CACCGCUAGUCAUGUAGCUCGAGCGAUUCUCGCCGUCCUAGAUUACAGCUCCACCCCGAAAUUUUAGCAGAGUUGUUAUCUGGUAGACCGAUUAUGGCAGGUCGUAACGAGGUUGAUCAGAUACAUAGGAUAUAUAAGUUAUGCGGAUCGCCUUCUGAAGAGUAUUGGAGAAAGAUUAGGCUUCCUUCUAAUCACAUGGCUAAACCACAGCAUAAGAGGAAAGUAAGAGAGGCUUUUAAAGAUUUCUCUCCUGAGGCGCUUUCGUUAGUUGAUAGGCUUUUGGCUCUUGAUCCGCUUGAGCGCCUGACAGCUACAGAUGCGUUGAUGAGUGAUAAAGAUCGCGUCUACCCGCAAGCACAUCAGAAACUAGAGAAAAUGAAGGGGAACCAACCAGUGCUUUGUGAGAUGAGACCAUAGAAGAAGAGGAUUGUACAGACCAUAAACAGAGUUACUUGGAGAGGUAAUAAUAUAGAGAAGCAGGUUUAUGCUUAUGUCCUUGCCAUAAUCACAUUACUUGUUAAAUCCAUAAGAUAGAAAUAGAUAAGUGCACAAUACAUUACAUACAUGGACAAGGGAACCUCUCCCCAAAGCUUCUAUGUUGUCAUAAACAAAGUUUUUUUUUGAUUUAGGACAAUGUUUAUAACAAAACAUAUUACUUCUAAAUUUAAUUAGUACUUUUGUCGGCU